GGGAAACACCGACGACAUAUCGACACAUAAGUUAGAAAACACUGAGAUCCAGCUUUUCUGCACAGAUUCUAUAGAGUUCUGAAAAGAAGAAAAGACACAUAAACCAGGAACACCAAAUACUGUAUAUUUAUUUCUCAAACCACAGCAUUUUUUUUCGAGCAGAACAGAACGUCAACAAGGCAGACGUUCAACGAUGGCCUCGACAAUAUCCUAUCCCAAACUCCCGCAAAAGCUCGUCCUUACAUCCACAAAAGCAUACUUCUCUCCGUCUCGAACGAUCUCAUAUCUGAAUUCUAUACUUGACCCCGCCGAGAACAUCUUACCUCUCCUGCAACAACAUGCCGACCAGAUCCUCUUCGUCCUGAUCCCGGACUUCCUCACAAUCUACACGUGUUCACAAAUCCUCUCAUCCAAGUACCCAUCUUCCACUUCAGAUUCUUCCUCUUCCGCCUGGCCCAUAGCCCUUGGCGCCCAAAAUGCCUUCUCCUCGACAUCUUAUGGCGCAUACACUGGCGAAAUCGUCCCGCCCGCCCUGUCCUCGCUCGGCGUCUCGAUCGUCGAACUCAACCACGCUGAACGACGCCGCUUGCUCCACGAGACUGACCAAUCUUCAGCGGAGAGAGCCGCAGCAGUAACGGCACUGGGGAUGAUCCCACUCGUGUGUAUAGGCGAACUCGACCGUCCCAAUCUCUCGGGGCCCCUGAGUCAGUCCGUCGGAACCGCCAUGAGCCAAUUGACCCCGCAAAUCAGCACGAUCUUGAAAGCAGUGCCCAAGUAUGCACCUGUUAUUUUCGCAUACGAACCCGUAUGGGCCAUCGGUGCCGAGGAGCCCGCUGGAGUGGACUAUGUUGGACCUGUCGUGCAGGCUAUCCGCCAAAUUGCUGGCCAGGUGGUCCCCAGCCGCACGGGUGAAGUCAAAGUUGUGUAUGGUGGGAGUGCUGGUCCGGGGUUGUGGAGUGGGAAAGCGAACGGCGGGAAUGGGCUGGGGAAGUAUGUGGACGGUCUGUUUUUGGGCAGGUUUGCUCAUGAGAUCUCAGGCGUAAGAGGGGUUGUGGAGGAGGUUGUGGAAAGUUUGGGAGGAUGAUAGAGGUGGACGAAGGUGCUCAUAUCGGGGUCGUCCAGAUGCUAUUUUCUCUGCGAGAUCACGGCGGCUGCGAGAAACAGACCAUGCGCAAUGUUGAAGUCCACGACUCAAGUCAUCUGCUAUAUCGGAGCAGUGAGUCUCAGUCGUGCCCCUUUCCAUUGACUAGCAACAGACAGUUUCUAGUGGCUCCAAGAGUUCGACGUCCGACUCAGACCCUGUCGUGAUAUCCUCGCUCGUGGUGUCCUCUCAAUCUCGUCGGUGGAGUAAGAUGAUAUCCA